CUGAGCAUGUGCGACUGUGACAGUGUUAGGCAAGGAAGUACGGCAAUGUGAUUGUGUGGUAGAAGUGUCUGUGAACGCUUAAAACGAUCAUAUUAGUUAAAUAUAUAUUUAUCAUUUAAUUAGUAUAUAGAGUGGUUUUAGACACAGCAGAUUUGAGCAUUCACAAUGCUUCGGCAAAGUAAAAAUCUCUUAUCCCUAAGUAGGUUUAAGGGCCAGUAUGUAUGGAGACCAAAGUGCAGCUCAGCCCCUGAGCGAGCUCUGCAGUAUGUGGCAGGCCAGAAGAUCCAUGGUUUUACCAUCCAAGAGGUGACUCCAGUGCCUGAUCUGUCCCUGACGGCAGUUAAACUCAGUCAUGAUGUCACAGGAGCUCAGUAUCUACACACAGCAAGAGAUGACUCCAAUAACCUCUUCAGUGUGCAAUUCCGUACCACGCCCAUGGACAACACAGGGGUUUCCCACAUCUUAGAACACACGGUUCUGUGUGGCUCUCAGCGCUUCCCCUGCAGAGAUCCAUUCUUUAAAAUGCUGAAUCGCUCUCUCUCCACCUUUAUGAAUGCCUUCACAGCUAGUGACUAUACAAUGUACCCAUUCUCCACUCAGAAUGCCAAGGACUUCCAGAACCUUCUAUCCGUCUACCUUGAUGCUGUCUUCUUUCCCUGCUUGCGAGAGCUGGACUUCUGGCAGGAAGGCUGGCGUUUGGAGAAUGAGCAUCCUACAGACCCAUCAUCUUCAGUGAUGUUUAAAGGAGUGGUUUUCAAUGAGAUGAAAGGAGCUUUUUCGGAUAAUGAACGAGUGUACGCGCAGCACUUGCAGAAUAAGUUGUUACCUGAUCACACAUACUCGGUGGUGUCAGGAGGAGAACCUCUCGCCAUACCUGACCUCACAUGGAAACAACUGAAAUACUUUCAUGCUAUACACUACCAUCCCAGCAAUGCAAGAUUUUUGACCUAUGGUGACAUGCCGUUAGAGCAGCAUCUGAAGCAGAUACAGGAGGAGGCUUUGUGCAAGUUUCAGAGAACAGAAACAAACACUGCAGUACCAGCACAGAGCCGAUGGGACAAGCCAAGGGAAGCUCAUGUGACCUGCAGUCCUGAUACAUUGGCUCCAGAUUCAGCUAAACAGAACACACUGUGUGUCAGCUACCUGCUGGGCGACAUCACAGACACGUUUGAGGCUUUCACUCUGAGUUUUCUCUCUUCCUUGAUGAUCUCUGGUCCGAACUCGCCAUUUUACAAAACGCUGAUUGAACCCAAGAUUGGCACUGACUUCUCUUCUGUUGUUGGGUAUGAUGGCAGUACCAGGGAAGCUUCGUUUAGCAUUGGCUUGCAGGGCAUGGCAGAAGAGGACAUGGAGAAUGUCAAACAGAUCAUUAGCCAAACCAUCGAUGACAUCAUAGAGGCUGGGUUUGAAGAGGAGCGGAUUGAGGCAUUACUGCAUAAGAUAGAGAUUCAGACGAAACACCAGUCUACCAACUUUGGCCUGGCCCUUGCCUCAUAUAUUGCAUCCUGCUGGAACCAUGAUGGAGACCCAGUGCAGUUGCUGAAGAUUAGUGAGAAUGUCUCCAGAUUCAGACAGUGUCUGCAGGACAACCCUCGCUACCUACAGGACAAAGUGAAGCACUAUUUUAAGUUGGUGUUUCAGCACAACACACACAGGCUGACAUUGUCCAUGACCCCAGAUGAACAGUAUCUGGUGAAACGGAACAAAGCAGAGCAAGAAAAACUCCAGCAGAAAGUACAGGCUCUCACUGAUGUUGACUACAAAGACAUCUAUGAAAAAGGUUUACAGUUGCUCUCUGAACACAGCAAAACUCAGGACGCUUCCUGCUUACCUGCCCUAAAGGUGUCUGACAUCGAACCCACCAUACCACACACAUCUUUGCAGAUGGGUGCUGCAGGAGGAGUACCCAUUCAGUACUGUGAACAGCCCACUAAUGGCAUGGUGUAUUUCAGGGCCAUGUGUAACCUCAACACCCUCUCAGAGGACCUCAAGAUCUAUGUCCCCCUCUUCUGCAAUAUUAUCACUAAGUUGGGCUGUGGGAAACUGGAUUAUCGGCAGCAGGCCCAGCGUAUGGAGUUAAAGACUGGUGGCAUGUCUGUGACUCCACAGGUCAUACCAGGCACAGCUGACCUCGACAUGUAUGAACAGGGCAUUCUCCUUACUUCCUCCUGUCUGGAGAAGAACUUGCCUGAUAUGUUUCACCUGUGGAGUGACAUAUUUAACUGUCCUCAUUUUGAUGAUGAAGAGAGGCUGAGAGUGUUGGUGAUGAUGUCAGCCCAAGAGUUGUCCAGUGGGAUUUCAUAUUCGGGUCACAUUUAUGCCAUGACACGGGCAGGGCGAUCGCUCACGCCUACCGCUGAUCUGUAUGAGACCUUCACUGGUAUGGACCAGGUGAGGUUCAUGAAGAGAAUAGCUGAGAUGCCCGAUCUGACAUCAGUUUUAAGGAAGCUACCCAGAAUAAAGAGACACCUCCUGAAUCCAGAUAAUAUGAGGUGUGCAAUUAAUGCUACUCCUCAGAAAAUGGCAGACGCUGCAGUUGAGCUGGAGAAGUUUGUGUGUAGUAUAGCAUCUAACAAGAAGGAGCGGAAGUCUGUCAGAGCAGUUAUUGUUGAGAGACCAUUGGAUCCACAGGCUCCUGCUGGAUCAGUUGCUGGUCGUAACCUUGUCUCUGAGGCUCAUUUUAAGCCAUGUCAGUUGAAGACUUAUUUCGAAUUUCCAUUUCCUGUGAACUUUGUUAGUGAGUGUGUGCGCACUGUUCCCUUGACACAUGAGGAUUAUGCCAGUCUGUGUAUUUUAGGAAGGAUGAUGACUGCAAAGUUUCUACAUGGAGAAAUCCGAGAGAAAGGUGGAGCCUAUGGAGGAGGAGCAAAAAUAGGAGGAGAAGGCCUGUUUACCUUUUACUCAUAUAGAGACCCUAACUGCUUUCAGACCCUGGAAGUGUUUCGCAGUGGUGUGGAGUGGGCUCAAGAUGGUAGGUUCACACAGCAGGAUGUGGAUGAGGCUAAACUGUCCAUCUUCUCCACUGUAGAUGCUCCGGUUGCCCCAUCGGACAAAGGUUUGGGGCUUUUUUUGAAUGGGAUUACUGAUGAAAUGAAACAGGCUCACAGAGAAAGACUCUUUGCUGUCACACACAAAAGCCUUAUAGAUGUGGCUAACCGGUAUCUUGGUAUCGGUCAGAGGACAUGGGGAGCUGCCGUUUUGGGACCCGAAAAUGAGAAAAUUAAAAAGGACCCAUCCUGGAUUGUCAAAUAGGCACAACAAAUUUGUGCUUUGGUACAAGAUUUACUUACAAGAUCAGCACAUGUUCCCGAAUGCUAUAUUUGCAUAUACAUCAACAUGUUGAUGUGAAUUAUAAUUCUUGUUUACUUGUAGUUUGUUGUUACUCUCAUAUAUAUAUGUUGUUACUCUCAUAUAUAUAUAUA